AUGAGAACUUCCGUAACAAUAUGGUGGUCUAUUAGUGGAACCGACGCCCCGGGUUCUGCAUCUGGCAAGUCCAAGGAACAGAUUGGCAAUACGGAAAUCAGUGUGGAGAAUAUUGUGGAGGGAGGACGUCGUAAGAGGGCCAAGUUUGAAAGCUCUGAAUUGCCCUUGUUCGCACCUCCACAAAUGCCGGCUGCAACUUCCAACCCAUCUGUCUCACCUGCGCGUCGCAUUGAGCACCAACGAGCCUCGCUCCCUUUCAUUCAACCUGGUCAGAAUCCAUUCACAAACCCACGCGCGCUACAGUCCCCGCAAAGCUACAAUAAUGGAUUCAGUGGUAUGGGAAUGUACGCAACUCCAGCUGCGGAUACGCGCCGUGCUCGUAAUAGCAUCGGUUAUCCGACCGGCUUUGGUGUCGGGCCCAGCAUGGGUAUACUUCCUACUCCCGACCCAACUGUCGGCAGUUGCAUGUCGGAGGAAGAUAAAGAUGUGGCCAUACAGCUGAUGCGUUUGGGAGAGAUGUCUAACAUCUCCCAUGGACGCACGUCGGCUUCCACUUUGGAUGACACUUUCAGCGGCAGAGCUGAUGCUGCCUCCUCUACUGGCGCUACUAGCGACAGCGAGAGUGAUAGCGAAGAUGAGCUUCCUGCUCCUCAGAGGCAAAGGCUCGAUGCGUCUGGUGCGAGCCGCAAGAUCUUCCCAACCACAGAGACUCAAUUCGCCCCUCCUCACAGUGCUGGAGAAUUUAGCGACAAUGAUGUCGACUAUGAUGCAGUCGCAGAGGAAGGCGCUAUGGGCGCUCCCAACUCCAAGGUUCCCAAGGUGAAGAGCAUGCUCCAAAAUGGCUCCAAGCCUCGCCCGCAAUCGACCGGAGCGAAGAUCAAAACAAACAAGCCCCCCAAACCUAUCAAGUCUACAUCCAGCAACACAGUCAAGAAGCCCAAUGGUAUUCCGAGUGGGCCAAUGUCACCUGCAUCAUUACCGGCGUCACGCAAACCAUCUGUUUCCUCAACUGGCGCUUUCUCCACUGUACCUGGAGAAGAUGAUCAGCCUGACCUGUCCACUAAGCCUCGUUGUCAACGUUGCCGAAAGAGCAAGAAAGGUUGCGAUAGACAACGACCUUGCGGAAGAUGCAAGGAUGCUGGCAUUCCCGCCGAACUUUGCAUCAGUGAAGACGAAGGAAAUGGCCGUAAAGGGCGCUAUGGUCGCCAUAUGGGCGUCCCCAUUAAGAAGGAAGAGAUGCCCGCUCCCCCAGCGCUUCUACCUGCCGCUCCGAUCGCAAUCGGUGCCGCUUUGGUAGACAAGAACAAGAAGCGCAAGAGGUAG